CGGGUCCUUUGUGUGGCUGCUGGGCCUCGGCGGACUCGGUCGUAGGCGGGGACCGUAAACGCCUGGAGGGAUCCUUGGGGAACGUCCCCUUAGCUUUAACUUAACUGGGAAGUCUUUUAAGGAGGAGAAACCCCUGAGGUAGGUCUGUCGGGCUCUCCGCGGGGAAUCCCCCACGCUGUCUUCUCGCCUUGGACUUGGAAGAGGUCAGUGCAGGCCCUCAUCCCCCCAGCUCACACAGUGACCCUCCAGGAAGACCUGUAGGGACCCUGACCCUGUUUGUAGCCCUGAACACAGUGCCCCGAAGCCGCUGCCUCUCUGUCACUCAUCUGUCCAUCCUUCUGUUCUUCUUCCACCCACCUAUCCAUUCAUCCAUUUAUCUCCCCACCCAUCCGUUUCUAGGUUUCCUUCCUAAUCUGCAUUUCUUGUAGAGCCAGCAGUGGGUGAUAGGUGUUCGCAACGGAAUGCUUAGAUUUCAUCAUAGAUCUUUUUAGCAGGACGCGGGCUUUGCAAUACUGGCCUGCCUUCCAGAAAUGGCCCAGGCCGAGGCUCCUUUCUCUGGAACCCCUGAAGUCAGGGCUGCCUCCCUGCAGUGGGCUGCGUGCCUGUGAGUGUUCAGUUUGAGUUCCUUUCCUUUGUGUCUCAGCUUUAAUUGCUUUGGAAAGGAACCCUGAGGAUGUUUUGCGAUGGUUUCCCUCCCCUGCACAGCAGAAGGCCCAGCUUCUCUAAGAACUGGUCAGGGGAGUUGAUGCCAGCCUUGGGUGGCCUGAAGCCACACUCGUCUGCUUCCCCACAGCCUGGCCUCAGCUGCCCCGUCCAGUGGACACUGACGUCAGGGAGGGGAGCAGGGCGUGGGGGGAGCAGGGCUCCCAGACCUUGUGUCCACUGGGCUGCCUGAGCUGCCCCAUCCUGCCUUGGUCGCCGGGCUAGGAAAAGUACCAGACUCGCUUCCAGAGGCAAGCCUGCUGCUCUGCGAUUUCAAAAGCUGAUUGUCCCCAGAGCAGGAUGACCAGGAAGAGCAUCCGCCAGGGCAAGAUGUUCGCCCGCGGGCUGAAGAGGAAGUGCUCGGAGGAGGAGGCGCCCGCUGACCCCCUGCAGCGCCAGUCGCUCCUGGACAUGUCACUGGUCAAGCUGCAGCUGUGCCACAUGCUGGCGGAGCCCAACCUGUGCCGCUCCGUCCUCAUCGCCAACACGGUCCGGCAGAUCCAGGAGGAGAUGACCCAGGACGGGAGCUGGUGCCUGCCCAGGCCCCAGACCCCGGGGCGGGCACCGCGUGACCGCCUGGUGUCCACGGAGAUUCUGUGCCGCUCGGCUCGGGCGGGGCCGCCCCCGGCCCCCGACCCCGCAGACCUGGCCUCUGCGCUGCAGACGGUCCCGGCAGCACAGGCUCCCGGAGUUGUGCCAGGAGGCCCCUGGGACAGGGCCGGCCCCGGAGAGAGCCGAGGGGGCUUCCCCAGGUCUCUUGAUCAGGUGUUUGAGACGCUGGAGAACCACGGCCCUGGCGCCGUGGAGGAGCUAUUUUCUGACGUGGACGCCUCCUACUACGACCUGGAUGCCGUGCUGACGGGCAUGGUGGGCGGCGCCAAGUCGGGCCCAGAGGGGCUGGAGUCCUUCGCCUCUGCGGCUGCCCCACCCCCUGGCACUGGCUGCAAGGCGGACCUGGGCGAGCUGGACCACGUGGUGGAGAUCCUGGUGGAGACCUGAGCGGCGACAGCGCGGUGCAUCUGUGAGA